UGAGUGAGGUAAGCACUGGAGGCAUCCUGGGGAGGUUUAUACGGACUGUUCCCUCUCUGCUGAGGAGUGUCAGAGUGGAGCGUGGAAGCAUCCCAGCUCCAGUACGAGAUCAACCACUCAACCAUCCAGAGCAACACCCGACAUACAGACAGGCAGGACACACAGGAACACAAUGACAACGAUGAUGAUGAUGCAGUCCAGCCAAAAUGACAUGACUAAACAGAGAAUGUUUCAAGCCAAGGCUCUGGCUAAGGAAGCCAGAGGAGGGGGUCUGAACCUGGGGAAGAAGAUCAGCGUUCCAAAGGAUGUGAUGAUGGAGGAGCUGAAUCUUCCCUCUAAUCGAGGCUCUCGCAUGUUUCAGGAGAGACAGAAGAGAGUGGAGAGGUACACGCUGGAGAACGCUGCCAACGGUGCUUACAACACCAAUAAUGUCCAUCUCGAGGCCAUUCCUCCCCCGCAAAUCAUCCCAGAGCCACAGGGAGGAAAGGAAAACCAGGCUUUCUCCAUCCCUGGUAAGCAUAGCCUGGUCAUGAACCUGCAGAAGACAGUAGCAAAGAAGGGCAGUCCUGACGUCCUCGCUCCAGGAUAUUCUGGCCCUUUGAAGGGAGUUCCUCACGAGAAGUUCAACACAACAGUAAUCCCGAAAUCCUACUGCUCCCCAUGGAGCGAAGCUCUGGGAAACAACGAAGAGCUCCUCAACAUCCUCAAUACCCAACUGCCCGAGCUCCCACAAACAUUACAGCCUGCCAGCUACAGGUGCUUCAACAGAUCUGCCAUGCCAUUUGGGGGCGCAAUGGCCAGCAAGAGGGUGAUACCAGUGAUGAGCUUUGAGGCAGUGGAAUCCCAGAACUUGCCCAGCAUCGCUCCUGACCGCAUGUGCCAACGACCCAACUUCAACAGAGCACCCAGGGGAUGGGGAGCUGAUUACAGCCCGGAAUCAAAUGAGCUAUGAAAAAAAGGGCUGACAACUUAAGACUAAAGCGCUGGCCUAUGCUUGCUCCUCUCCUCCUGCAAAGAUGCCCCCCCCUGACAGUCAAUGGGCACUGCAGCAGGUGGGGGCACACUCCUGCAUGAUAUAGAAAUUUGCUACUGCUGCGUGGUUUGACCAGCUGAGGCAAAAUCUGGAUGCUGGAAUCAGUUAAAUGCUGCAACAGGAUGAUCAGUCCUAAUUAUUCCCCCUUCAUCCAAACAAAGUGUCUCAAUAUGUGAGUCCUCUUCUCACCACUUCAGUUUCUUUUCAUACUGUGGCUUUACAACUUUUUCUCACCUACCCAGACAACACACAUACAACAGUAAAUUGUUACAUAAAUGAGUAAUAUGAACUCUGAGAUGAUCAAUGACAAAAAUGAGUCAUUUUAAUGACAAGUGAAAACAACAUACAAAGAAAGGCUUACAUUAACGAAGUCUUUAUGUCGUGGAAUAUUAAGAUUGUGUCAAAUAAAAAAAUGUCAAUGUAACUGAAAAUUAAUACGUUUUAAAAAUGCUCCUCAGAAUUCAACUCCAUGUGAUACUUUGUACGAUGUGACAAUGACAUGUUUUACCUAAAGUAUACAUUUAUAUAUGUACAAUGGCUCCUACCACAGGAGUCCUUUAAAGACAACCCUGAUCACACUA